CAUGUGACACGCCUCGCCCGACGCGCGCGCUCGCGGCACAGGUGACGCUCCUGCUAGUUUACUCGUUGAGCGUGCCCGCCUGUAAACUGGUUGUGUGCGGAUACGCCGCUCGACUGGAUUACUUUUUUUUUCCCCCAUCCUGCAAGUGAAGCAGAUCCGAAGAACGCUGUAAAGGAACCAAACUGAAUUCAUUGUGCGCAAAGUUUCUUUUAACCAGAUUCUGAUGUGAUGGAUUUUCUACCUAUCUCUACCUAUGCUGGCAGGGACCUGCUGUGGAGGCUGACACCCACUUAAUUUGGAAUUAUUUCAGUUAGAAAAUAAAUGAUGGACGUCAAUUCUUCUCUGCCUCUAUUAAGUUACAGUGUAAUCACAUAAACUUGAAAAAUGUUUAUGCAUCCUGUUAUGCUUCUACUGUACUUUUCACUCUGCCAUCAUUUCCUAAUAGUAGAUGCUGUCAUAUUAAACUGUGUACCCAGGAAAAGCAUUAGUUUUAAUGACAAACACAUCAAAACUUUUAAAGAAAAAGGAUUCUACAAUUAUUCUGUCAUGUUGCUUAGAGAAGAUAUUGAUACUUUGUUAGUCUGUGCAAGGGAAGCAAUCUACGCUCUUAACAUGGACGAUGUCUCUAACAAAAUUUCCAAGGUGUCCUGGCCCGUUUUGGAAAACAAACAGCUUGAAUGUACUAACAAAGGGAAAAGCAAAGAUAUAGAAUGUCGCAACUACAUCCGCACUCUUCACAGAAUCAAUGAUUCCAUGAUGUACGUCUGUGGAACAAACGCUUUCAGCCCCACUUGUCACUAUAUGGAUAUUAACAAUGGCCAGUUACAGCUUCUUGGACCACCUGAGGAAGGUAAAGGAAAAUGUCCUUUUGACCCAUUUCAGAAGUAUUCAUCUGUCAUGGUUGAUAGUGAUCUUUAUACAGCAACUUCUAUCAACUUUCUUGGUUCAGAACCUGUGGUUACACGCAAUUCAGCAAACUCCCUCCGAACUGAAUUCAAGCCCUCUUGGCUAAAUGAACCAAAGUUCAUUUAUAUGGAUCUUGUAGAAGAAAGUCAUAAUAACCCAGAAGGGGAAGAAGAGGAUGACAAGAUUUACUUAUUCUUUAGUGAGACAGCUGUGGAGUAUGACUUCUAUGACAAGCUGUUGGUAUCACGAAUUGCACGAGUAUGCAAGGGUGACCUUGGAGGACUGAGAAUCCUACAAAAGAAAUGGACUACAUUUCUAAAGGCAAGCCUUGUGUGUUCUGUGCCCGAUCUGAACCUCCAAUUCAUCAUUCAAGAUGUAUUUAUGCUGAAAUCUGCUAACUGGAGGGAUACUAUCUUUUAUGGAGUAUUCGUUCCACAGGCAGGUGUGUUGGACAUCUCAAUCGUGUGUGCCUACAGUAUGAGAAAGAUACACGAGGUGUUCUCUCAGGGAAAGUAUAAAGAACCAGUCACAGUGGAUUCUUCACACGUCAAAUGGAUUGUGUACAAUCAGGAUGUACCUGUGCCCCGUCCAGGAGCUUGCAUUAACAAUCAAGCAAGAAAUAUGAAAAUAAACAGGACUCUGGACCUGCCAGACAAGACACUGCAGUUUGUAAGAGAUCACCCUUUGAUGGAUGACCCUGUCACUCCUAUCGAUGGGAAGCCCAAACUUAUCAAAACUGGAUCUCGGUUUACAAGUAUAGUCGUUGACCGAAUUAAAGCCCUGGAUAACCAGCUUUAUGAUGUGAUGUUCAUUGGGACAGAUAAUGGGUACCUGCAAAAAGCAAUCAAUUUAGAAAACAAAAUGUUUAUUAUUGAAGAGGCCCAGUUAUUUAAAAAUGAAGAGUCCAUUCUCAGUCUUCGUAUCUCUUCUAAAAAGCGCAAAAUAUAUGCUACAUCCUUGUCACAGGUAGCACAGAGCACACUUUCUGACUGCAGACAUUAUGAGACCUGUUAUGAUUGUGUGCUUGCAAGGGAUCCAUAUUGUGCAUGGAGCAAAGAAUCAAGUCGGUGCACAUCAAUAUCUGACAUGACCAAUAACAAAACGGAUCUGAUCCAGAAUGUUAAAACCGGAGAUGCAUCUUCAUGCAAAGAUACACGUAAUAUUCGGGAAGUUACACUUUUGUUUGUUCCCAGUACCACUGUCCAUCUGGAAUGUAGCCCAUUGUCUAAUCUGGCGACAGUUCACUGGACGUUAAAUAACAGCUCUAUUCAGCCAAAUGAGACUAAAUACAUAAUCUAUAAUGGUGGAAUCUUCAUACUAAACACCUCAAUGGAAGAUAUUGGGAGAUAUGUAUGUUAUUCUGUGGAGAAAGUGAGAGAGACACCAUUAAAACAGGUUAUGAUGGUUUACAUUUUACAGUCUACGCAGCAAAACAUGGAUAAACCUAUAAAACCAUUACCUCCAGAGGUGGAGACACAGAGUCCCUCUGCUGUGACUGAGGUGACGCCAAGGAACAUACCAAACCACUCCUACCCAGGACAGCCCAAGAUUCCAAUGCCACAGACAACUAACAAUAUUGUGUUGAUCUUAGAGGUGGCAGUUGUAGUUCUAAGCUGCCUUCUUGCAAGUUUGCUUACAUAUAAUAUAUGUAAGGGCCAUAUAACAGUGUGCUGUGUGAAUGUGGGCAAAAAAGGGAAUCAUAAUAGCCAACGGAUACAACCUGAUGGUAUUUGUGAUGUCGUACAGCAAGAUAUUCUACACAACAAGACUGCCAAAGAGACGAUUCCACUUGUUUCAGGUUUUGCAAAAGGGGAACAUGUCAACAACAACAAAGGACACUGCAGUGACUCACAGAAGCCUUCCAUUAUCUUUCCUACUCUGGAUGAUCUAAAAUAUAUUGAUGAUGAAUCUGAAAUAUAAACUUCAGUACAACAUGCAGAAUAUGGCAGCUAUUUGUCCACAUGCUUCAGUUUUUGAUUAGUACAUUUUAAAUGCUUCUAAAUGAAAAGGGUUGGAAAUUGUUCCAGCAAAAUGUGGGACACUAGAAUGGAAGCACCAACAGUUUAUGCAGAGCGCUGGCAGGUAUGGUCCUUUUAAUGUAACAUCUGUACUUUGAUUUUGAUGUGUGUGUGUGAAUUUUAUUUUACUUCAGUAAUCCACAUUUUCAGAUUAUACACAAGAAGCUCAACUUCUAAAGCUGAAUGAUAAAUAUUUCCCCACUCAUAUUAUUACAUCAGUAUUAUGUAGAAAUAAGUAUCCUUUCAACUUUUACUUUUUUUAUAAACAGACCUUGUAUUGUGUUUGAAAUUAUGUUUUACUAAAAUCUUACAUAAAAGAAAAUAAGUUUGUGCUGUAGUAAUUGGCUUUGCAGUAUUUAUGUCCAUAAUUGUAUUUGCUUUUUCAGUUUUUUUUUUUUGUUUUUUUUUACUAAAAAUAUUUAAUUCUCUAAAUAUUGACUUGUUAGCCUCAUACAAAAACCCUUUCUACUUUUUAAAACAUACCGUACAUGUUUAACGUUUUGAUUUCUUACAUUUCUUUUAAAAGGUAUUAAUGUCAAGUGAUGUAAUAGGGGGCAAUAAAACUGAGCACAGGUG